AUGGCAUGUGCUGAUGGAAGUGGAUCAUUUACGAGUAUCGAUGUGGGCGAUUAUGGUAGGAAUAAUGAUUCAGGAGUAUUUAAAAAUUCUAGACUAGGGCAAGCAUUAAAUAAUAAUAUUUUAAAUAUACCUAAACUUUCUUAUACCUAUUCUUCUUUGAAGAAUUCGGACGAUCAUUUCCUUAUUAUUUUGCAGCUGACGAAGGAUUUCCGUUGUGUAUCUACUGAUAUAAUGCGCCCAUACAAUGGUAGAUCUUUAAACAAUAAUCGUCGAAUAUUUAAUUAUCGACUUUCCCGUGGGCGAAAGAGUGCGUCUUCGUUAUGA